AUGCCAUCAAAAAAGUUAUACAACCAUGGAACAAGAGAUUCUUCACUCGACACAAAUGCACGACAACGACGACAACUCUGGAAGCAUCAUCGUCAUAACCGGCGGAUCAAAGGACAAAAGGGAAAACGACAACGAGGACACUGCAUAUCAUUUAAUUGGUUAACAGCACUAUUCCACCCAAACAGAGAUUUGCAUUCAGCUAGAGGACGACGAUAUGGAUUUCAACAAAAUGAUAUGGAUGGAGAUGAUCAAGAGUACGACAAUAAAAACAGCACCAAUAAUAAAAUGAAUCCUUCUUCUUCUUCUUCGACAAAAGCUACAAAAGAACAUGGAACCGCACGUCGAUUGACAAACAAGGCGAAAAAAAAGGCAAAGCAUAUUAUUUCAAGUGUAGAUUUUGGCGACAAGAAUUUCGGUAGUCGAUGGAUGCAGGAUUCAUUUGAAGAAGUGGCACUCUCUCAUCCGAUGAUGGAUUUUCUGAUUGGUCUUGCUGUGAAAACUCAAACUCAAGCUUUAGUUCGAGCCAUCAUUAUAUUGGCUAAUAGUUUUGGUCAAGGAUUCAAAGUAACAGCUUUUCAAUUAGUCAAAGCUAUGCUACUUUUGGAAAAAUUUUACCGGUCCAUACCAAAACAAAUGACGUCAAAUGAAGUCAAGGACCGUUAUAUUAUUGACGUUGGCAAUCACUAUUUCCGAUAUGCUCUAGUUGCUUAUGGAUGGCGUGGACUUGCAUAUUUAGGAUUAUAUGGACAACUUAUACGUAGAUCUGGAGGCAAAUCAAGAUCCAAUCGGUUGGCAAUUCUUAAUUAUUUGCGUAUCGAAUCUAGGGAUUUGUUGGGAUAUGAAUAUGGAUUACGUGAUGGCGCUGCAUUUCAACCUAGUUACUUUGUGGCUGUGGAUCGAGAGAAGAAAACUAUUGUACUCAGUAUUCGUGGCACUUGGAGCCUCUAUGAUGCCAUCACUGAUCUUGUUUGUUACUACGUGCCUUGGAAAGGAGGUUUGGUACAUUCUGGUAUGCUUGCGUCUGCUCAAUGGUUUUUUAUCCAUAUCAUACCACAAAUCUUUCGAUACAUACAUAUUCAUGCACGCAACUUGAAGGGUUUAACGAUAACUGGACACUCGUUAGGCGGAGGCUGUGGAAGCUUACUAACAAUGAUGGUGGCGGAUCAAAUGGAUACUUUGAAAAAAUUGGCAAACAACCCAGAUUUCCAACUACAGUGUUAUAGUUAUGCACCUGUGGCAUUGACUUCAUAUGAUCUUAGCUGCAAGUAUGAUCAAUAUAUUCAAAGCUUCAUUGUACAAGAUGAUAUUGUAGGACGACUCUCUUAUGGCACAGCAAUCAAAUUGAAGGAAUUGAUUCUGGAUACAAUCAGUUCUUAUGAAGCUGUUGGUGGUAUGACCAAAGUACUUACGCAUAGGAAAUCAAGGAAAUUAUGUUUUCAAAUCAUUGAAAAAUGUCGCAAACUGAUUUUUCAACCUUCUAACGAAACUCCACCUAUGGUAAGUUAUUUAUUUUUUUUUUUUUUUUUAAAAAAAAGAAUGAUACUGACUUGUGAUAUUACAUUCAGCUUUACAUUCCAGGCAAAAUCAUUCAUUUACAACGGAGACGGGUCAAACGAUUUGGUGGCAAUAAUGGAUCAUCAUCUACAACAGAAUCAUCGUCAACAGCUCACAAGUCAAAACAUAUUCCAGGGGCAAGUCGAACGGAAUAUUCAGUACGGUGGGAAACUAGACGUAUUUGUGAAGAAAUGA